GCAAAUCCGUCCUCCCGUCACCCUUUUCGCACUGAAUGGGGAGGGCGGAGGGGAUAAACCCACUUUGGUUUAAAAGGAAAUCCUUGGCCGCGGCGGGCGGACGCGACCGAUCGCUGCCUUUUUUUGGGGGGCAAUUUAAAUCAAACCGUAAACUUCAACACGAACGACCUUUUGAGUGCGAGUGAGUGAGAGUGUGUGUGUUGGGUAUUUUGUUUGCUUUGCGCGGCGCACCUUCCACCGUCGAGAGUCCGUUUUGAGAGUUGCAAUUUUCUUUUAUUUCCCCCCCUCCCCCUCCCCCAAAAAAGGAGAAAAACCCGUCCGAAAAGUUGUCGCAAUGUGAGUUGCUAAUAAGCCGCUAUUUUGUCAUAGACCCCACUCUGCCAUAUUGAGAUUCAAAUCGUUGCGUGUGAGUGAGUGUGAGUGUGUGGUGCGUGUGUGUGUGGGUGAGUUUGUUGGUCAGUGAGCGACUUGAGCCGAGGCUAAGUUUUGGAGGGGAAAAGUGGUGCCUUUGCUGUUUAAUAAGAGAGUCUUAUAGCGAGAGAGAGAGAGAGAGAGAGAAGGGUUAAAAAGAGAGAGAGAGAGAUAGAGGGAGUGUGUGUGUGUGUGGGGUGGGGGGGGGUUGGCGGUGUUGCUCGUGAGUGGUCGGUAAAAUGAACGGUUUCAGCACAGAAGAGGACAGCAGAGACGGUGGGGCCGGGGCUCCGGGCUUCGGCCACAUUUGCUGUCUGGUGGAUGAUGGGGAAAGGUGCAGCCGCCCCGCGGGCAACGCCAGCUUCAGCAAGAGGAUCCAGAAGAGCAUUUCACAGAAGAAGCUCAAGCUGGAAGCCGACAAGAACGUCCGACAUCUGUAUAUAUGCGAUUUCCACAAAAGUUUCAUUCAAAGUGUGAGAAAUAAGAGAAAGAGAAAAGGCAGUGAUGAUGAUGGGGGAGAUUCACCUGACCAUGAUGCUGAAUCUCCAGAGGUUGAUUUGUUUCAAUUGCAAGUAAAUACACUGAGGCGCUACAAGAGACACUUCAAACUGCAAACCAGACCUGGACUAAACAAAGCUCAGCUGGCUGAGACAAUCAGUCGUCAUUUUAGGACCAUUCCUGUGAAUGAAAAGGAAACUCUUGCCUAUUUUAUCUACACAGUGAAGAACGACAAAAUUAGGCACGACCAGAAACCUGAUAGCAGCAUUCACUGAGACCGACACUGAAGAAUUUUUUAAGAAAGGAAGUUGAUCACAUGAUCAUGCAGUGACGAGAAUUGGUUCCACUUUUAAAAGAUUUUAUUCUCAAGAAUCCACAGGAAUUGGCGUACCCAAUUUCAGAAUGUACUCGGUUUGCAGCCUGUGGGGAUUUUGAUGUGUGGAAUUGAACAGUGUCGAAAAACGAGUCACAGAAAUUAGAAUUCCCACGUUUAAUUAACUUGGUUUGUUUGGCUCCAGUCAUGGUAAGAGAGAGUGCAAUUUUGAGGUGGGUUUAUUGAGUAAAAAUAACUGGGUGGGGUGGGAGGAAAAAAUAUUUUUAUGAGCAAUGCCACUUUUAGCAGAAUACCAGGAAAGGCCUUGGUAGAGAUUUCCUGAUCGAGGAGAGCUGCCUCUCUUCACUUGGUGCCUUUGCACAGCAGCGUGGAUUGAUUCAGAACCUCACUCACCGAGAUCAGGAGGUUUCACAUCUAAUCCCACCAAAACAUUUUUAUCCAAUUCUUUGUCUUUCUACUUAACUGUAUUGGGAAUUCAUAAGCAGAACAUUCAGUUGGGGGAAGUGAUGGUGGAAGGGGACAAAUCACAGAUUUUGUUGAUGCUUAUAAAUCUAUUCAGCUUGCCACAUUGUAAAACAUUUAUUGUAGUUAGAGGUAAGAUAAAUUUUUUGUCCUUGAUGCUAUGGUCAAUUUAAAGUUGCAUUCAGCUUUAGUGCACCGGAUUUCCACACCUGUUACAGUGUUAACAUGCAAAGAAAUAUACACAAACUGUAUAAUUGCACUGUCAGGAUUUGUAAUUAUUGUACAUGUGUCAAUUACAAAGAGAGAAGGUGGGUGAGUCAUAGUUGCAGAACAUGUAGAUGUGUUAACUUGAAUUUGUGGGUUACUUUAGAGCAGGGAUGCUAACUUGCAGGACGCAUUACACAUAUGUAGAAUAGUCGCAUGAGCGCAAACUGGCCAUCCAUGCUUUAGAGCAUUGCUUGUUGUCAAUUUUGUAUUAAACAAAUGUGCACAAA